AUGUUCCUCCUUUUCUUUACGAAAUCAUUUAACGCAGGUUCUCUGUUAACGCAUAACUCGGGAGGCUCUGUAAAUGCAGAGUCAAUUCAUGGAGGCGUAAUAUGGAGGAAGACAUCAGACAGAUAUCUACUUACACAGGGAGUUUCUGAGCAGAACAGAAGAAUGACUGAAUAUGAGAAACUGGAUAAUAGUGUAUGCAAAUGUCCAGCGGCGAAUGAUCCUACUUCCACUAUUCAUGGGACAUCUUCUAAACCUGGAGAACCAUGCGAAGGGUUAGGUCAAGCAGACAACUCCAAAGUGAAAGCACAUUUAUUGAAAAAAUCAAUCGGGUUGAAGAUUAACAGAAUGUCUGGAUCAGAAAUGGAAUUCCUUUUCAUCCCCCAUUCUUAUAUCUACGUUACAGCGCAAGACUCCAGAGCACGAGCCUUUAAUAUUCUAACCUAUAUGGAGGAUAACGCCUUACCCUUUACCAGGAAGGUGUAUGUACCCGUGGAAACCCUCACAACAACAGAGAGCAGCGCAACUGAGACGAAAUGGUACAGGCGGGCCUUAGCCGAAAACAAUGAUGGCCCGUGGGACGAUGAACAUGAUUUCUUUUCGAAGGGAAUGGAUUCAGAAGAGGAAGAAGCCAUUCCCCCAAUAGGAAUGGAUAAUGUUGAUCCGGAGGAAGUCCAACUCAGGAAAACUAUCGACCGUAUCUUGAAUUGGAUUUAUAGAAUCGAUGAGGAUGGAAAGAAGGUGCUAAUAAUGCAGGAAGAGUUAGAUCUAUCCAUGAAAGAGGACCUAAUAAAUUAUUGCCAAAUAAUGAAAAAGGUUGAUAAAAGUGGUACUCUAGAAGAACAUCAGAUAGGUAACGAAAUGCAUGUGUUUGGUAACCUCAUCAAACUGUUGCAAAAACAUGGGGACGAAACAGUUUUUACUCUGCGAAGGAAACUGCGGAACCCAGCGAUGUGCAUGCAGAAUGUUAAGGAGUGGGUGCUAAAGAGGAGGGGGUUGGUCUUGCCCGACUCGUCUAGCAAUGACCCAAGUGAACAUGACAAAAUUUUGGAUGUAACCUCCAAAUCGUCCACGUCUGUAAGGAGUAACUCCAGGGAUGCGAGCGCCCUUAGGUACAGUGGGGAGGAAGAAGGAAUGGUUGAUUUGGAGAAAUUAAAAAUGAAAUGCUAUCACAUUUUCAGCCUUAAUGGUGGGGUUAACACAGAUGGCGAUCAUCCCCAAAAGUCGGAUGGUAAAGAUCUGUGCUCUCCUAAGGAUAAGGAAGAGGUAGAAUAA